AUGAGAAUAAUAUUAUCAACCAUUUCUAAUAGACCAAUUCAAAUUAGUAAUAUCAGACCAAAUCAUGGUGGUAUUAGAGAAUUUGAACGUAAUUUCCUUCUUUUGAUUGAUAAAAUUACUAAAGGAAGUAAAAUAGAAAUUGAUUCAACAGGUACAAGAGUUAGCUAUAAACCAGGUGUUAUUGUUGGAAGUGGAAUUGGUUCAUUGGCUUUUGAUUGUGGAUUAGAACGUGGUAUUGGAUAUUAUAUUGAAGCUUUAAUUUGUCUUUGUCCAUUUGGAAAAACAUCAUCUGAUAUCUUAUUAAAAGGUAUUACAAAUCAUCCAUUAGAUGUUUCAGUUGAUAUGUAUCGUAAUUGUACACUUCACUUGUUCGAUCAUUUUACGAAAAAACAAAAUCAACCAGUUGCCCCAAUUAGUUUACAAAUUUUGAAGAGAGGUGCUUUACCAUUAGGUGGAGGUGAAGUCAGAUUUGAAUGCCCAAUGGUUAAGGAUCAAUUAAAUCCAAUUCAAGUUCUUGAUGAAGGUAUGAUUAAGAGAGUUAGAGGUAUUGCAUAUAGUACACGUGUUGCACCAACUGUUAGUAAUAGACUUGUUGAUGGUGCCAGACAAAUGUUAAAUUUAUACAUUCCUGAUAUUUGGAUUCACACAGAUCACUAUGGUGGUAAAACAAGUGGUUCAUCUCCUGGUUGGGCUAUUUAUUUACAAGCUGAAACUGACACUGGUUGUAGAAUCACAACUGAAUAUGUUCCAGAUCAAACACACGAAGUUAUUCCAACUAGUAAGGAUUUAAGUGGAGAUUCUGAAUGGAUGAAAAUACCUGAAGAUGUUGGUAAACAUUGUGCUAAAUUAUUAUUUGAAGAAAUUCACAAAGGUGGUUGUGUUGAUUCAAUUAAUCAGUGGUAUAUGCUUUAUUUAAUGGCUUUAACUAGUGAAGAUGUUUCAAAGAUUAGAAUUGGAAAACUUAACUCUUAUUCAAUUGCUUAUCUGAGACAUUUAAAGGACUUUUUGGGUGUUGUUUUCAAGAUUACUCCUGAGCAUGAUUCACGAACAAUUGUUUUGAGUUGUGUUGGUAGUGGUUAUAAGAACAUUGCUAGAAAGAGUAAUUAA